AUGGUCGACUUGUGGAGCGAGUCCCCAAGGGCGUCCGACUACGCGCCGGAGAGCGCCGAGGCAAACGUGCUCGCUAGGAACGGCUACAUGCUGGGCGCCGAGAUUGGGUCCGGCUCUUAUGCCACAAUCGCAAUUGUCGCUAAAGAAAAUCUCGCCUAUGCCUGCAAGAUUGUGAACAUGGGAGAGACCUCCCGCGAGUAUCGGACGAGGUUCCUGCCUCGAGAGAUCAACAUAUUGGCGCGUCUUCGCCACCCGAACAUCGCCCGCGUCUUCCAGAUCAUUUGUGAAGCGAGGAAAGUGUUUUUCAUCAUGGAACUCGCCACAGCUGGUGACCUCCUCUUCAAAAUUCAGUGCCUCGACCACAGAAACCAGCAGAACUAUAUUCAGAGCAUAAACAAGAUUAUGCGGGCGUCGAGGGAGUGUUUCGGGCUGGAUUGGACUAAGGACGAGUGUGUGCUUCAGAAUGCAGGGCGUCUGCAUGAAAGAACAGCGCAUCACAUAUUUGUUCAACUUGCAUCCGCCGUCGCCUACCUGCACCGACACAACAUCGCUCACCGCGACCUGAAGUGCGAGAACGUGCUCCUCACCACUCAGCUCGUGGUCAAGCUGGCCGAUUUCAGCUUCAGCCGGUACUGCAAUGAUCCGGUGGUGAGGAGGAAAAAAUUGUACAGUGAGACGUACUGCGGCAGCGAAGCGUACGCCCCGCCAGAAGUGCUGCAGGGGAUCCCCUACCAGCCCAAAAAGGCGGAUAUGUGGAGCCUCGGCGUCAUACUCUACGUCAUGAUGACCGCCGCGCUGCCCUUCGAAAAUGAUAACAUUGUGCGACAGGUUCGCCUCCAGAUGAACCGCGUGAUCCGUUUCCCCCGACACAUGGAAUCUACGCACGAGUACCGCAACCUGGUUCGCCUCUUGCUAGAGCCGGUGACAACGAUACGAGCAACCAUGGGCAUGGUUGUCAAGCACCCCUGGCUCUUGCUCUAUCCGGACCCCACGAACACCUCGCUCGAUACGAUCCUCCCAUUUACGCUCCAUGCCCAGGACUCAGUGGCCGAAACAUUGUGCCGUGCCGAAGAAGCGACUGAAGACCAGGCUUUGACAGAGUCUGGUCCACCAGACGAAACGCUGAUCCGAGAAGUCGAGCCGCGAGCGGUGAGCCCCGUGCUGAGGGGUCCGGUGCUGGUCAGUGAGCAGCCGCGGCCAGCGGUGAUCGACGAGCGAGGCAACCCGCUCCCCGCGCUCACCCGGCAGCCGGCGGCCGAAGACGUGCACACGGGGGCAUUCGGGGCGGAGCCACUCUUUCCCGACGAAUCGGAGAGCGAUGAAUACUUCGACGAAAACCUGCACACCGAGGGCCAGCAAGACUGGGGCGAGGCAGAUAGCCCGCUGUUUCUCGAGACCGGCACUGUGGAGUUGCACGAGACUCCACAGGAUGACGUUGACAACUUACCGCUUUCAAAAGGUGGCGCCAGCAAGAAAUUCUUGGAAAAUAAAGACGACGUCCUCACCGCUACUGUGAUCCUGGACAGCGCAACAGACUCGCGCAUCACCAGCGACGCCGGCAUCGAAACUGGUGAUUUAGCCCUGCAGGCGCGUGACAGCUUAGGGGACGAGCGCCAUCCGGACCACAGCACUGACCUGGACGAGAGCUUUGGGAUACGGCUGCCUCUGCUGGACGGGCACGACAACUCCGUGUUUGCGGUCGGAGGGCCAGAAUACGAGAGCGCCGGAUGGGGCCGCUCCAAGUCGGCCGAUGAACGCACGUCGCCAGAGUCAAUCAAUUACCUCCAGAGGGAAUACUACUGA